AUGACUGUGGAAAGUAAUAGUGAGCUUCCAUCGGCCUUUUCACAGAAGGAACACAACAUUAUUGCAGCAUACUUGAUCGCAGCAGGAAUCAUAAGUCUUCUCAGUAAUGUUGUUGUUUUAAGCAUCUUCAUUAAAUUUAAGGAACUUCGAACACCAAGCAAUACUAUUAUCAUUCACCUGGCUUUUACGGAUAUUGGAGUGAGUAGUAUUGGCUAUCCCAUGUCUGCAGCUUCAGAUCUGCAUGGAAGCUGGAAAUUUGGCUACCUGGGUUGCCAGAUUUAUGCUGCUUUGAAUAUCUUCUUUGGAAUGGCAAGCAUUGGUUUGCUUACUGUUGUCGCCAUAGAUCGUUACUUGACAAUCUGCAAGCCACAAAUAGGUAACAGACUAACUACUCACAACUAUAUUGCCCUGAUUUUUGCUGCCUGGACCAAUGCAGUCUUUUGGGCCUCCAUGCCUGUGGUAGGAUGGGCAAACUAUGCCCCAGAUCCAACUGGAGCUACCUGUACCAUAAACUGGAGAGAAAAUGACACGUAUGUUCUUUUUAUAAUGUCUGUUGUCAUGAUUUUGAUGUUUCUGCUGGCUUGGUCUCCAUAUUCUAUUGUGUGUUUAUGGUCUGCAUUUGGAGACCCCAAAAAAAUUCCCCCCACCAUGGCAAUCAUAGCCCCAUUGUUUGCAAAGUCAUCUACCUUCUAUAAUCCCUGCAUUUAUGUGAUUGCAAACAAAAAGUAA